AUGAAUGUCAGCAGCAAACGUGAUUCUGAAGAAGGGUCCAGAGGCUUUGUCAGACCAUCCGAGAGGUCCAGGAAACCAAACCUGUUGCAAAUGCCCUGCGCUAGGGGGAGCUCAGAAUCUGGCAACAUGGAAUUGAAUCAGGCACAGACAAGACUCAGACAGUGGGAGAUGAAGUUAGGAUCACAGCUGCUACAGACCCUGUUGUGGAGGCUGGGAGGAUGCCGGAAACUUAUGACAGGGACUCUCCAGGAGCCCUUCAGGGGGUCUGAGUCCCCAUCUGGUUCUGUGAGACCCUUCCAGGACAUUCCCCUGAGCCAAGGCAACCGCUGGACCAAGAUGCUGCGAAUAUGGAAGGACAGUGGCUAUGAUAACUUACAUUUAGAGUUCCAGGACAACUUUCAGAAGCUGGGACCCAUCUACAGGGACGAGGUGGGCACUAUAAGCACUGUGAACGUGAUGAUGCCCCAGGAUGUGGAGAAGAUAUUGAAGGCUGAAGGAGAAUUUCCCCAGAGGAAUCUGGUGGUGCCCUGGUUGAUGCACAGACAGAGCCGAAAACUGAAGUGUGGUGUCUUCCUCCUGAAUGGGAAAGAGUGGCUCAAUAACCGCAUGAAGUUGAAUCAGGAUGUGCUCUCCCUAAAGAGCACUGGUCAGUUCAUCCCCUUGUUGAAUUCUGUCUGCCAAGAUUUUGUCCAAUACUUGAACAACAAAAUCAGGAAGAAUGUUCGAAAGUCUCUCACCUUGAACAUCAGCCCUUAUGUUUUCAGAUUCUCUACAGAAGCUAGUACCUAUGUCUUGUAUGGAGAACGACUGGGAUUGCUAAGCAACAACCCAAACCCUGAUGGUAUGAGGUUCAUCCAGGCCAUGAACAAAGUCAUAUCUUCCACAUCUCUGCUCCUGUACACACCCGUGACCCUGAGCCGACUCACCAACUCUAAUACAUGGAAACAACAUUUGGAAGCUUGGGAUGAUAUUUUCCAGUAUGCUGACAAGUGUAUUCAGAGAAUCUACCAGGAGAUGAGUUUGAAUAAUAGCUCAAGCCAAUAUUCAGGUAUCAUGGCUGAACUGCUGGAAAAGGCUGACCUAUCACUAGAUUCCAUCAAAGCCAACAUAAUGGAACUCACUGCUGGAAGUGUGGAAACGACCACGUUCCCUAUAGUGUCAACCCUUUUUGAGCUGUCUCGGAACCAAGAUCUCCAGAGUGCUUUGAGGGCAGAAAGUAAGGAGGCAGAGGCACGGCUCAAGGAGAACACACAGCUAUUGGUGAAGGAACUGCCCCUGCUUCGUGCCACCAUCAAAGAGACUCUGAGGCUUUAUCCAGUUGCUUCGGUUUUAUAUCGCUACCUGGCUAAGGACACUGUCCUGCAGAAUUACAACGUCCCUGCUGGGACCCUGGUCCAGGUCUCCCUUUAUACCAUGGGCCGCAGCCCAGAGGUGUUUGUUAGGCCUGAACGCUAUGACCCGUCUCGCUGGCUGACCUCCACCUCUGACCAAGCUGGUAAUCAGAUCCCCAACUUCCGUUACUUGUCCUUUGGCUUUGGGAUUCGCCAGUGCAUUGGCCGCAGGAUAGCUGAGACUGAAAUGCUCCUCUUCUUGCACCACGUCCUGAAAAAUUUCCAGAUAGAGACCUUAUGUAAGGACAACCUGAACCAGGUCUUCCGCUUUGUCCUUCACCCAAAGUCCUUCCCACUUUUCACCUUCCGUAUCCUCACAUAGACUUGCAGCUUUGCCUUAAUAAGCAGAAGUCUUGCCUAGUCCCACCCCUUGUUACCUAACCUGAACUGAGUCUCCCAAC